AUGGGCUCAGACUAUUCUCGGAAUGAUAUUGUGACAAGUCUGUCCGAAGGUAAGUGGCUGGUUAGGUGUGGGAAAGAGAUAGAGUGAUAGCCCCCGCUUUCGUCAGUUGACUUGGCGGUUUGAGGUAGGCUGAUCAAGGGCUUGCACUGGCCGGCGCAUGUCGACCUGUCACAUGUUCCAGUCGAGUCUCCGAGCUCAAUCUGUGUGUAAAAAUUAUGUGUUGGUAGAAAGUUUAAUGACUCAGCUCAGUUGGUAUGCUAUGCUGUCUAUCUUUUAGACUAUGUGUUUGUUGAGCAAUUUUAUGUAUAUAUUAUGUUACAGGGCUAGGAAAAGGUUAAAGGUUUUUGACGUUAGGGUUAAAAUCACUGUCCAAAACCUUUGUAGGAACUCUUUUCCAACCUUUUGGAGGGAGCUAGACCAGAAAAAAAAGAAGAAAGAAAAAAAAAAAUUGGGGUGUUCGGGCUUCCUGAAGGUAAUACCCGGUAUUAGGUUUUGGGGCUAGGGUAACUUUUAAGGUUUUUGGCGAUAUGGUUAAAAUCACUGUCCAAAACCUUUGUAGGAAGUCUUUUCCAACCUUUUGGAGUUAGUUAGACAAAAAAAAAAAAGAUAAAUGAAAAAAAAUAUUUGGGGUGUUCGGGCUUCCUGAAGGUAAUACCCGGGUAUUAGGUUAUGGGGCUAGGGUAAGGUUUAAGGCUUUUGGCGUAUGGGUUAAAAUCACUGUCCAAAACCUUUUUAGGAACAUGUUUCAGACCUUUUGGAGUUAGUUACACCAAAAAAAAGAUAAAUGAAAAAAAUAUAUUUGGGGUGUUCGGGCUUCCUGAAGGUAAUACCCGGGUAUUAGGUUAGGGGCUAGGGUAAGGUUUAAGGUUUUUGGCGUGAGGGUUAAAAUCACUGUCCAAAACCUUUGUAGGAACUCUUUACCAUCCUUUUGGAGUUAGUUAGACCAAAAAAAAAAACGAAAAAUGAAAAAAAAAUAUUUGGGGUGUUCGGGCUUCCUGAAGGUAAUACCCGGGUAUUAGGUUAUGGGGCUAGGGUAAGGUUUAAGGUUUUUGGCGUAAGGGUUAAAAUCACUGUCCAAAACUUUUUAGGAACAUGUUUCAGACCUUUUGGAGUUAGUUACACCAAAAAAAAAAAAAAGAAAAAAAUAUAUAUUUGGGGUGUUCGGGCUUCCUGAAGUUAAUACCCGGGUAUUAGGUAAUGGGGCUAGGGUAAGGUUUAAGGUUUUUGGCGCGAGGGUUAAAAUCACUGUCCAAAACCUUUGUAGGAAGUCUUUUCCAACCUUUUGGAGUUAGUUAGACAAAAAAAAAAGAUAAAUGAAAAAAAAUAUUUGGGGUGUUGGGCUUCCUGAAGGUAAUACCCGGGUAUUAGGUUAUGGGGCUAGGGUAAGGUUUAAGGUUUUUGGCGUGAGGGUUAAAAUCACUGUCCAAAACCUUUGUAGGAAGUCUUUUCCAACCUUUUGGAGUUAGUUAGACAAAAAAAAAGAUAAAUGAAAAAAAAAUAUUUGGGGUGUUCGGGCUUCCUGAAGGUAAUACCCGAACAUUAGGUUAUGGGGCUAGGGUAAGGUUUAAGGUUUUUGGCGUAAGGGUUAAAAUCACUGUCCAAAACCUUUUUAGGAACAUGUUUCAGACCUUUUGGAGUUGGUUACACCAAAAAAAAUGUAAAAUGAAAAAAAAAUAUUUGGGGUGUUUGGGCUUCCUGAAGGUAAUACCCGGGUAUUAGGUUAUGGGGCUAGGGUAAGGUUUAAGGUUUUUGGCGUGAGGGUUAAAAUCACUGUCCAAAACCUUUGUAGGAAGUCUUUUCCAACCUUUUGGAGUUAGUUAGACCAAUAAAAAAAUGAAAAAUGAAAAAAAAAUAUUUGGGGUGUUCGGGCUUCCUGAAGGUAAUACCCGGGUAUUAGGUUUUGGGGCUAGGAUUAGGUUUAAGGUUUUUGGCGUUAGGGUUAAAAUCACUGUCCAAUAUUUUUUAAGGAACAUGUUUCAGACCUUUUGGAGUUAGUUAGACCAAAAAAAAAGAAAAAAGAAAAAAAAAUAUUUGGGGUUUUCGGGCUUCCUGAAGGUAUUAGGUUUUGGGGCUAGGGUAAGGUUUAAGGUUUUUGGCGUUAGGGUUAAACUCACUGUCCAAAACCUUUUAAGGAACAAGAUUCAGACCUUUUGGAGUUGGUUACACCAAAAAAAAAUGUAAAAUGAAAAAAAAAAAUAUUUGGGGUGUUCGGGCUUCCUGAAGGUAAUACCCUUCAGGUUUAAGUAUUAGGUUAUGGGGCUAGGAUUAGGUUUAAUGUUUUUGGUGUUAGGGUUAAAAUCACUGUCCAAUAUAUUUAAGGAACAUGUUUCAGACCUUUUGGAGCUAGUUUGACCAAAAAAAAAAAGAAAAAGAAAAAAUAUAUAUUUGGGGUGUUCGGGCUUCCUGAAGGUAAUACCGGGGUAUUAGGUUAUGGGGCUAGGGUAAGGUUUAAAGUUUUUGGCGUGAGGGUUAAAAUCACUGUCCAAAACCUUUGUAGGAAGUCUUUUCCAACCUUUUGGAGUUAGUUAGACAAAAAAAAAAAGAUAAAUGAAAAAAAAAUAUUUGGGGUGUUCGGGCUUCCUGAAGGUAAUACCCGGGUAUUAGGUUAUGGGGCUAGGGUAAGAUUUAAGGUUUUUGGCGUUAGAGUUAAAAUCAGUGUCCAAAACCUUUUUAGGAACAUGUUUAAGACCUUUUGGAGUUGGUUACACCAAAAAAAAUGUAAAAUGAAAAAAAAAAUAUUUGGGGUGUUCGGGCUUCCUGAAGGUAAUACCCGGGUAUUCGGUUUUGGGGCUAGGGUAAGGUUUAAGGUUUUUGGUGUUAGGGUUAAAAUCACUGUCCAAAACCUUUGUAGGAACUCUUUUCCAACCUUUUGGAGUUAGUUAGACCAAAAAAAAAGAAAAAAGAAAAAAAUAUAUUUGGGGUCUUCGGGCUUCCUGAAGGAAAUACCCAGGUAUUAGGUUAUGGGGCUAGGGUAAGGUUUUAGGUUUUUGGCGUUAGGGUUAAAAUCAAUGUCCAAAACCUUUUUAGGAACAUGUUUCAGACCUUUUGGAGUUGGUUACACCAAAAAAAAAUGUAAAAUGAAAAAAAAAUAUUUGGGGUGUUCAAGCUUCCUGAAGGUAAUACCCGGGAAUUAGGUUAUGGGGCUAUAGUAAGGUUUAAGGUUUUUGGCGUUAGGGUUAAAAUCACUGUCCAAAACCUUUGUAGGAACUAUUUUCCAACCUUUUGGAGUUAGUUAGACCAAAUGUUUCGGGCCGCCGCCUUAGUGUGGCGAGUCUUGGGUCUUCCUCACUGUGUGUGUGUGUGUGUGUGUGUGUGUGUGUGUGCGUGUGUGAGAGUGCCUGUGUGUGCAUGCUGCCUGCAGUUCACAGGUUGCCGUGGCUGCGGAUCAAUCAAGUGCCUGAUCACCUCCACCUGGAAACUGCAAACACUGACUGGCUGAGGGCUUCUGCCACUUGAGAGGAGCCACUUGGGGGGAGUGGAUAAAACUCCAGUAGACCUGCAGAUCAGGGAGCACGCUGUACCCAGUGGAGCUCCCAUGCCUCUUCCUCAGACAGAUUGUCUUUGUGAUUGUGAAUUGGGAUUUUUUCGUAGCUUGUGAGGCAUUUUGGUUUGCACACGCCUACCUGCUUUCCUUUUUGUAUCCAGCAUUAGGGCUGAGUAUUGUAUUUGAGUUCGUUUCUUGCUGAUGUGAGCAGAUCUUUUUAUUUUACUGGUAACUAACUCUAGGUUAGAGUCUCCCUGUGUUUUUUGGCAACCUGUUAAGUUUCCUUUAAGGCCUUUGUUGCCUCUCUUUUUGUUGUUACUGCCAAUUUUACUUUUGUUAAUAAAUAACUUGAUUUGAUCAUUUAACAUCUGGUCGGUUUUAUGUUGCUUCCCUUCUCCCUUACACGAGCUGGUCGUAACAUAAAUGGGGGCUCGUCCGGGAUACUAAUCCGUUAAAGGAGACCCGGAAAUCCGAAAAGUUUUUGUUAAUAAAGGUAAGAUUAUUGUGUGUGUGUGCUUAGGUAGGUAAAAUGGCAUCGUUCGAUCUUGACAGCUUCUUGUUAAAUCCGUCACUUGACCAAAUUAAUAAGUGCAGAAAGGAUAAUUUGGUCGAGAUAGCUGUGCACUUCAAUGUCCUGUUUGCCAAAUCAAUCCUGAAAAAAGAAUUAAAAUCUCUAGUCAUAGGUAAGUUGGUGGAAUUAGGUAUAAUUGUUUUGCCGGUGCUCCCUGAGUCACCUGUGUGCGCACCUGGCUCUGAGACUGCGGCUGAUUACACUGCACAAAGGGAGUUCAGUAAAGUGUCUGCUCAGCCCAAAACUCCCUUUACCUUGCCUCGCUAUGAUCCUCCUUUCUCAGGCAGCACUGAUUCUCUGGGUGAGGCCAGACUGAAAGUCAGGCUGGCACGAAUCCAGAUGGAGGCUCAGGAGAGAGCCGAGAACCGGCAAGCAAAGCUGAGGCUUGAGAUCCGGAAAAUGGAGAUCGAGGCUGAUAAAGCAGUCAGACUACGUCAGCUGGAGCUAGAAGCUCAGCUGAAAGCAACCCCGGCACUGGAUGCAUCUGCAGAUGCAAUAAUGUCACCUCCUUCCACCAGCUCUACCCGAGAGUCCUUUGACAUCGGUAAGCAUAUUUCUCUUGUUCCACCAUUCAGAGACUCUGAAGUUGACAGUUAUUUUCCGGCAUUUGAGCGCAUUGCGACUGCACUUCAGUGGCCUUAUGAAGAGUGGCCACUACUUCUCCAAUGUAAGAUCCAUGGUAAAGCACAAGAAGCUGUAGCUGCUCUACCUUUAGCGGAGAGCUUGAACUAUGAAAAGGUAAAGAUGUCUAUUUCACGUGCCUAUGAAUUAGUCCCUGAAGCUUACAGGCAAAAAUUUCGGAACCACACAAGGGGCCCUGAACAGACGUAUGUGGAGUUCGCAAGGGAAAAGGGAACUCUUUUUGAUAAAUGGUGUAACGCUAGUAAAGCUGCUGAUUUCAGUUCACUCCGUGAACUAAUUCUUCUGGAAGAAUUUAAGAAAUGUCUACCAGAGCGCAUUGUUGUGUACCUAAAUGAACAGAAAGUUUCAUCUCUCUCUGCAGCCUCUGUACUGGCUGAUGAAUUUGUGCUAACCCACAAACCUGUGUUUCUGUCUACUUACGAAAAGCCUCGUGCUCCGGCACCACAGAGUGGACAAGCCAGAGUGUUCCACAGAAGGGAUGAAAAAAGCUGUAACUAUUGUCAUAAAUCUGGACACCUCAUUGCAAACUGUCCCUUCUUAAACAGGAAAAAACAGAAUGGCAACGGAUCGCCCCCUAAAGGCGUUGGGCUCAUUAAAUCUGAGAAACGUGUAGAAUCUAAUGCUGUUUCUUCUGUUUGCCCAGAUCCAUGUUUUGAGCCGUUCAUAUUCGACGGGUAUGUAUCUCUGACAGGUGAGACUGCUGAUCAGUGCCCAGUACGCAUUUUGAGGGACACCGGUGGCUCUCAAUCUGUUAUACUGGCUAGUGCAUUGCCAUUUUCGGAAAAGUCUUUUUGUGGUUAUACUGUUGCCUUGCAAGGUAUUGAGAUGGGUUAUGUCCCACAACCGGUGCAUACAGUCCACAUUAAGUCCUGGUUGAUAAGUGGGGUUUUUCCUGUGGCUGUCAUUCCCGCUCUGCCUAUAAAAGGAGUAGUUCUCCUCAUGUGCAACGACAUCGCGGGUGGCCAGGUAACCCCUGCACUAGAGGUGUCUGACUCUCCGCAGAGCCCUGAUAUAGAAAAUGAAACAGAAACUGCUCAGAAACUGUUUCCAUCUUGUGCUGUAACUCGUGCGCAAUCUCGUAAAUUGGACGAAUUCUCACUGUCGGAUACUGUGCUAAUGUCUGCUUUUUCAGAUGUGGAAGUUGUGAAGGAGAAAGCUCCCACAUCUCUGCUGUCAGAAAGUGCCGAGCCCGUGGGUUCUGCGAAUCUGAGUUUGGCGCCGUCGGACAGUCCGACGCUGCCGGUGGGCAGUGAACGUCUCGCCGCUGCGCAGAGGGCUGACCCGACUCUGGCACGUUGCUUCAAAAGUGUG